GAAACCAUCUACAGCUGUGAGGAACGAAGGCUCGUUGGUGAUUCGAAACCGAACUGAACUGCGAACAGGCUUACGUUCGCCAGUAUGGCAACACGCUCUAUUGUUCUUCGGAUGAUGCCGCUCCUGGCCGGGAUGUUUUCGCGACUCGCCGACGAGAACAUAGAGUUUCAACAGAAUGCUCUGAAUCUGAAUUACGACUACGUGGUGAUCGGUGGAGGAUCCUCCGGCGCAGUGGUAGCGAGUCGUUUGAGCGAAAACCCGAAAGUGAGCGUGCUCCUGAUCGAGAGCGGCGGUACCGAAAACCAGUUGUCGGACGUGCCAAUCCUCGCGGCCACGUUGCAGAAGUCUGCUCUCGACUGGAAAUAUCUAACCGUGCCGCAAGAGAAAGCCUGCUUCGGCUUGGACAAUCGCCAGAGCUAUUGGCCCCGAGGCAAAGUUCUCGGAGGAUGCAGUGUUUUGAAUUACAUGCUUUACGUGCGUGGCUGUCACGAAGACUACGAUCAAUGGGCAGCUCAUGGUGCCGAAGGAUGGUCUUGGAACGACGUAUUCAGAUAUUUCGUCAAAAGUGAGGACAACAGAGAUCCGGACAUCAAAGACAACGGAUGGCAUGGAAAAGGUGGUUAUCUUACCGUACAGAGACCAAAAUACCAAACGGUACUCGCGCAGGCUUUUGUGGACGCUGGAAAAUACCUCGGAUAUCCCUCGACCGACACCAACGGGGCUCAGUGUACGGGGUUCAUGGUACCGCAAGGCACGAUCCGAGGUGGAGCGCGGCUCUCAACCUCCAGAGCCUUCUUGGAACCAGUCUUGAAGCGACCGAACCUCCACAUAUCGUUGUUUUCGACGGCCACUAAACUCAACAUUAAUAAGCAUACUCGACGAGUCGAAUCCGUGACUUUCGAUCGUUUCGGUGUCCCGACCCUGGUUUACGUGAACCGAGAAGUUAUCGUGUCCGCUGGUGCUGUCAACUCACCCCAGCUACUAAUGCUCUCAGGCAUCGGCCCCCGAGAACACCUCGCCGAGCACGGCAUUGAGUGCAUCGAAGAUCUCCCCGUGGGUCUGAAUCUCCAGGACCACAUAUUUGCCGGAGGGGUCAACUUCCUGGUCAGAGACCCCGUUUCCGUUGUACAAUCGAGAGUCUUCACCAUGGACCUUCUGCGAACAUAUCAGGGCAACGCUACCGGACCACUAACUCUCCUCGGAGGCGUGGAAGGAUUGGGUUUCAUCAAAACGAAGUACGCCGAUCCGAAGAAGGACUGGCCAGAUUUUGAAAUUCAUUUCGCAUCGGGAUCUCCAGUUUCCGACGGUGGUCAGACCCUGCGAAUCGCAAACGGGCUCCAACAACGCCUUUGGGAAUCCGUGUACGAGCCACACAACUACGAGGAUACUGUUUCCUUGUAUCCUGUGAUGCUGCGGCCGAAGUCUGUCGGUUACAUCAAACUGCGGUCGAGAUCUCCCUACGAACACCCGCUCAUCGACCCGAAAUAUCUCACAGCGCCAGAGGAUAUCCUCUCGAUGGUCGAAGCCAUCAAGAUCUGCAUGGAGCUGAUCAAAACUCCGCCUUUCCGAAGAUAUGGCACGACGCUUUGGGAUAUACCUUUCCCGGAAUGCAAAGGUUACGAGCUGUACUCGGACGAAUAUCUGGCAUGCGUCGCCCGCACUUACACUAGCACGCUCUACCAUCCGGUGGGAACAUGUAAAAUGGGAGCGGUGAACGAUCCGACCGCGGUCGUCGAUCCCAGACUGCGCGUCAAGAACAUGAGAAAUUUACGUGUUGUCGACGCAUCGAUCAUGCCGAAAAUUGUGUCUGGGAAUACCAACGCGCCGGCAAUCAUGAUCGCCGAGAAAGCCGCCGACAUGAUCAAGGAGGACAACCCCUAGAGGGUCCGGUCGAAACGUCUCUCAGAACCGUGGAAAUCUCGCGCACGGUUCCGAGAGCAUUCAGCACGCAUGAGCUCCAGGCGCAAGCAACGGGAGACUUUGUUCAUCUUGUAUAUUGUAGAUACAAAACAAUCGAUCAAUUCGGGGAGGGACCAAUAUACUGAUGUAAUAUAUGGGAAAAGGAUUCACAUAUCAUGGU